AUGUACGGCUACGCAACAAUUAUCUUUGGUCAUCCAGACUUUGCUAGCUUCAUGCCAGCACUCUCGAAGCUUGUUAUGUUUUCCAGUGUUGUCCAUCAAACCAUGUUCACGCUUUUAAGCUCACUGCCUUUUGCCAUUGGACAAGUUCAAGAUGCAGGUCUGAUCUUCCUUAGUGCAAUGGCAACGUCCAUCUGUAACUCACUGGGUGAACAAGUGACGUUAGAGGCCAAGGUCACGACUACAGUUGUUACUAUCGGUAUGGCCACAGCGUCGUUAGGAGUGGUUCUCGUGCUGCUGGGAAAGUUCAAGCUCGCUGGACUAGUAUCGUAUCUGCCGAUGCCUGUGGUGGGUGGCUACUUGGCCUUUAUCGGACUUUUCUGCAUGUAUGCAGGGUUAUCAUUGUGUACAGGACUCGUGAUCAAUGACUUCACGUCUAUGAUGCAACUUUGGAACCCAUACUACAUGACUCUCUGCGUCCCGGGAGUUCUGGGAGGUGUAGUUCUACUGCUAGUGGCGCAGCGAUACGAAAACUCGUUUGCAUUACCUGCAACAAUUCUGCUCAUGCCAAUUCUAUUCUUUGUUGUGAUGGCGAUCUAUAGAAUUUCGCUCGAGGAUGCACGCGAGUACGGAUGGGUUGCACCUGCCUUGGACCCUGCUGGUUUUGUGCAGAUGUUUGAUCUGUUUGACUUCUCGCAAAUGCACUGGAACCAAGUCCCGGGGCAAUUCACGACAUGGCUCGGCAUGACAUUCGUUGUUGCUUUCUCGUCUUGUCUCGAUGUAGCAGCUAUUGAGAUGGAUAUGGGCAGCCAGCUCAAUAUUAAUCAUGAACUGAAGUCUGUUGGCUGGUCAAACUUUGUUAGCGGAUUGCUAGGCGGAUAUACUGGAUCGUAUAUUUUCUCGCAAACCAUCUUCACCUACCGCUCUAAGACCAACUCGCGUGCAGUGGGCGUAUGCGUCAUCAUUUCCGAAUUUGCCAUCGUGCUUGCACCGCUGUCCGUAAUGAGUUAUGUGCCGCGAUUCUUCUUCGCAGCCACGCUGAUCUUUAUCGCGAUCGACUUGAUGAUGGAGUGGCUUGUACACGUGUACCACAAGGUCUUACCGCGGGAAUACGUUGUAUUGUGGCUCUCUUUCAUUGCCAUUAACAUGGUAUCGCUCGAAUUGGGAAUGGUCCUUGGCAUUGGUUUUGCCAUCAUCAACUUCUUGUUAGGUUACGCUCAAGUUCGUGUAGUGAACCGUCGGUCUCGCUCCUCUGCUGCUGUGCGAAAACUUGCAGCUCGCACAUUACUCGGUCAGAAACGCGAUGCCAUUGUCUACUUGGAGCUGUAUGGCUACCUUUUCUUUGGUUCAUCGGUGCAAAUUGUGGAAGACGUGCAAAAGGCUGUACACAUUCGCAAGCGCCGAAACAUUGCCCAGCAGAAAUCGACUGGAAAAAAGGGUAGGAAACCACAUUACAUUGAUGACUCAGGCAUUCCUCUCACACCUGUAUCCAAGCGAGAUGUUCCCAUCGAGUGUCUGGACGGCAGCCCUGCGCCGCACCCCGAUGGCCUGCCUACUGAGUACGUCGUUAUGGAUUUUAGCCGCGUUUCUGGUAUGGACGCGACGGCUGCACGUAGUGCGUUUAUGAUAUUGCAGCAGCACUGCAAACGUCACAAUAUCACCGUUAUUUUUGCCGACGUUCUACCGGAGAUCCGCAGCCUAUUGCUCAAAAAUGAGAUUGUAGAUGAAGCAAACUUUUUUCUCAACGCCGAAUCGGCUUUGGAAUUCUGUGAAAAUCAGUUGCUGGAACAUGCAAACCAUACUCAAGAUCUCAAGCACCCUCAUGAGUCCAUGAGUGUGCUGCUGCACCGCUUUAUGGGUGAACCUGACGAAUCGCCAUUUUUCAGCGGUAUCGACCAGUUUUUCCGAAAAUACGAAGUGUCUGCAGGACACGAGUUCUACCGUGUGGCUUCUUUUCCCGAUCGUUUCUACUUUCUCGCCAGUGGACGUGUUGCGCUCUAUAUGAAUGACGACGGCAGUGUGGCUCCCGGAAAGCCUCUAACCCCUCUGGAAAACGUGAUUCCCGGUGCCAUGUUCGGCGAGGUCGACUUCUUUGGCCGUCAAUACCGAUACAUGGCGGCAACGGCGCUGGAACCAUGCAUUGUGUUUGAGAUGACCCGCCAGAGGUACGAGACGAUGGAAGAGUUGGCACCUAAACUCUGGAACCGUCUCCGUGAUGUUGUCAUGCAGUCCAUGGCGCUGUCAAUUACUAACACCACGUCCAUUAAUACUCUGAACAAUGUCAAUGGACAUCUCCCAGGACUUUAA